UUCCGCCGCUCUAAUGAAAUACGAGCAGCUCCCGUUCAGCUCCUCGCACAGCAACAAACGCGCUUUCAGCGACAGGAAGAGUAACGAGACAGCUUGAGCAAGACUUGAACAUGCAGUUUUGUCAGCCCAGCCGUGGCUAAAGUUACGAGUUUGUGGAUAAGACGAUUUAAAAAGAAGAAAAAAACAUUCCCGAGGCAUCCUCAUUUUCCUCCUCAGAUUUUUCCACAACAGAGCAAAGCAACUGUCCCGGACUGUUCACAACACUUUGUAUACGACUUGACCUGUGCCACUGCCUCCUUUCCUGCAGUCACUUUCUGAAUGGGUCCCACAGUAGUGACUACAUUUACAGUUUUGUAAACAGCCCUGAUAAGAUGCCAGAACGGCUGGGCUUAGCUUCCUUCAGAGUCUGGGAGAACAGAGAGGCGACGAGAAGAAUGACGAGUUCCUGAGAUGCUCAACGGACUCGUACAUGAUUUUCUAAGGCCUCCAGAAGCUGAAGACGGGGUGUCAGUGACAGCACGAGUGACCUCUCUGAGCUGCCACCAUGGCCCUGGUUCAGCCUCUACCCGUAUCUGCUGAGCCCCACACCCCAGGCCUCAGUGGAGGAGCUCGCAGACGACACCCUUCUGCCCCUUCACCCCCAUCAACGCGCCACUGGCCACUCUGGAUCCUAUGGGUUCUGUCGGUAGCCUCAUCACCACCCACCCUGGUCCCUACCAGGACCAUCGCCCAAUUGUUGAGCUGGGAGCCAGAGUCCGACGGCCCACACCAGGAGUUUCCUGCGUGGACUCCGAGUCGCCCCAACAGGAUCUGUUACUGCAAAGCAUUCCCCCAAUCAAGAAACAGAGCUCCACGACGUCCAGCAGAGGGCUGGAGAAGGAGACUGGGAAUGGGAACUACACAUAUCUGAAUGAGGACUACAUAGGUGACUGGAAUGACAAUCAUGUGACACCCGGCAGCCCAGGAAGUGAACUAGAUGAGCUCAAAGAAGGAUUAAAUGGAAAUAUUGGAGGACCUCCUCCUAAACUGAUCCCAGUGUCAGGAAAACUUGAGAAGAACAUGGAGAAAACAGUGCUGCGGCCCACUGCCUUCAAACCCGUCAUUCCCAAGAGCCGCUCCUCGAUGCAGUAUCUCUCGCCUCGCCAUUGUGCCAAUGCACCAGAAAGCCAAAACAACCUGAACCUGCUCAGCCCCACCCACAGAGAUGUGUCGCCCUCCUGCUCUGAGAAGCGUAGCUCCUAUAGUGGUGGGCGUAACGCCGCUGGUGGUAACAGCCAGUCUUGCUCAUUAUCAGACUCUGGACGCAACUCCCUCGCCAGCCUGCCGCCUUACAGUGCUGCCAGCUACAACCUGCCGCCGGGGGAGGCUUCCGCCGGCCACCUAGAGCCCAUGAAGAGCGCUCCGCCAGUGACUGUACAUGGACACUCCAACUCAGACAGCGGGCGAUCCUCCUCCAGUAAGAGCACAGGCUCUGGGUCGAUAAGUGGGCGGGGGCAGCCUCUGUCUGACAGCGGGUCCGGUGGGCGUUCUCCUGGCCCCGUGGAAGGCUAUGAGGGGGUGGUAAGGGAUCUAGAGGACAAACUGAGGGAGAGAGAGCUGGAGCUGCAGCAACUCAGAGACAAUCUGGAUGAGAAUGAAGCUGCAAUAUGUCAGGUUUAUGAGGAGAAGCAGAAGCGCUUUGAGCUGGAGCUGGAGGAGCUGAGGCAGGGCUGUGCCACCAGGAUGCAGGUCGCCUCUCAGAAAGCCCAGCGUGCACAGCAGGUGCUUCAGCUGCAGGUUUUCCAGCUCCAGCAGGAGAAGAAGAAGCUGCAGGAGGACUUUGCUCAGCUUCUGAAGGAGAGGGAGCAGCUCGAGGAGCGCUGCACCUCGUAUGAGCAUGAGAAGAUCCAGCUGGGCCCUCGACUCGAGGAGACCAAGUGGGAGGUCUGUCAGAAAUCGGGGGAAAUCUCGUUGCUGAAGCAGCAGUUGAAGGAAGUGCAGAGUGAGUUAGCUCAGCGUGUGGGGGAGAUCGUCUCACUGCGGGGUCAACUCAGGGAGACUCGUGGCGAGCUGACCAACACCCAGGUGCUGCUCCAGGAGGCCCACGGCACCAUCCGAACUCGAACCCUGGAGCUGGAGGUGUGUGAAAAUGAGCUUCAGCGUCGCAAGAGCGAAGCGGAGCUACUUAGAGAAAAGGUAGGACGCCUGGAGGGGGAAAUGGCUCAUCUCCGAGAUGCGCUGGCCAAUCAAGGCCCGGGAAACAGACAGUGUCAGGUGUUUCAGGAAGCCGAGGAGCAGCUGCUCGCCUACGAGAGCGACGAAGCGAAGGCUCAGCGGAAGAGCAACACCGAGGCGCUGCAGAGCAUGAAGGUGCAGAUGGACAGGAUGAGAUCUGAGUUAGCUUUUGAGCGUCAAAAAGCUGAGCAGCAACUGGGAAGCUUUGAGGAGGAGCGCAAGAUAUGGCAGGAGGAAAAGGACAAAGUAAUUCGCUACCAGAAGCAGCUGCAGCAGAACUAUGUGCAGAUGUAUCGCAGGAACCGAGAGCUGGAGCAGCUCCUGCAGGAGCUCAGUCUGGAACUGGAGAGCAGAGAUGAUGACGAGGGCAGCGGCAAUGAGAUCAACUUUGAUGAAAUUGCCGCAACAGAAAUUUGACCCUCGUAUCUGUCCUUUGAUUGUGUUUUCAUGUUUUUUGUUUUAAAUUUUGCACUACUGUCAGCUAAUUGUUUUUCCUCCUUCAUGUUCAGACAAGCAUAAAAGUAUGUAAAAAAAAAAUGUGGUGUGUUAAACCGGCACUGCUUGAAUUCUGCUUCAUUGGUCUGGUCUACAAGUCUCACUUUAAAGCCACUGACCUUUAAUUAGUUGUUAGCCCUCCACCUCACUCCUUUGCCCUUCUAUUAAUGUCUGUUAGUAUUAACACCGACCAGAUAUAAGCAUAUGAGCCCUGGUCCUCUCACACUUUUCAAAGUUCGUGGGAGAUGUUGUUUGUGGGUGACUCACUUCUCUCAUUCUCUCAACCUUUCGCUAUCCUCCCCCUGUGUUGGUUAUGACUCCACCUUCCCUGCUGGCUUUAGCACUCCCACUCUGUGUUAGUAGUCAGCUCUCAUUAGUGCAGUUCAUUUGGACGGAGCCCACGCUGUUGUCAGCGAACGUGGGAUACCACACAAUCAGGAUGUCAUGGUAAGAGUGAGUGAAUCAGAGCCUGGUGCUAAUCGCUGACAGGUCUAUCUUGUUGUUUUCCUCAGAACUAGUCAGGCUUUUAUGCAAACUGCUUCAUGACCAACAAGUAAACUGUAAAUCGUUCUCUACUUCAUUUUCACUGUAGCAACAAAAACAAAACUCUAGUUUUUUUGUUGCCCAAAUAUGAUGUUUCUGGACCUGUAAUGAUCUCGGAAAACAAACUUAAGGCUUCCUAAAAAUGCACUCUGAUAGUUUGAAAAUGCAAAGUGGAGUAUUAUUCUUUAUUUAUUUUAUUUUAUUUUUUCAUAUUUAUACUAUUACAAGGUGGAUCCUCCUAUUAAAAAUGGCCAAUUUAAAAAAAUAUUUUAAAAAAAUGAGGUCAGCAUUUGUGCAAGUAAUCCCUGUGAGCCAAAAGCUCAGGCUUUUUAAAGUGCAUGUCCUUAAUAUAGUCAUAUCUGGCACACAUCAGCCCCAGCCACCUACUGUUCACACCUUCUGUUAGCGAUGGGCAGCCAAUCAAGAGAUCGCUUAGAGCUGCCUUAAGGCCCAGUAUGAGAUAUUUGACAAGUAUAACCGCAGGAUUUACACUGGGUACAGCUGGAGCUGAUUGCAUCCACUUAAGACAAUGCAUGUAGUUCCACCAUGCUGCGGCAUGUUCCAGAAGUACCCGAGGAGCAGCUCUCCACUCCGCAUCACUUAAAAUGUUGCAGUGCAUCAAAAGCACAGAGCAGAUGAUGAGGAGCGCAGGAAGCCAGCCAUAGGCACAUGCAGACUAAACACAAACUGUCCUGGUGUGAUUUGAAGGUUUGCAAGGAACUGAGGAAAACUGUCAGAAGGGCAGCGUCAGAGACAUUCAACCAGUGUUCUCCCCAGAGCUGGUAAUGUGCAUAAUAGUUUCCCCUUAUCCCUAAAUUAAUGGAGAGGGUGGAAGCCAUGUCAUGAACAUCUGUCUAGUCUUAAUUCACAGUAUUUAACAAUGCCUGGAACAAAUAUUACUUUAACACCACUGCACGUAUCAGCUUUAGGCUCGCACAGACACAAACAUCUGUGCCACUGUUAUCCGAAGAUUGGAUUAAAUAAUUUUUCCCAGAGAGUAGCAGCAGAAGGAUAAAAUCUUGCAAAACCUUAACAGGACAGUAACUUCAUGAUAUCAUUGCUUUAAUGGUUUUUGGUAAAUAUCAUCUUUAAUGUCCCAAAUCACUUCCUGUUUACUGUUUGAUUUAUAGUUUUUCUGCACCACACAGUGGCUUUAAUUUUCAGAUAUGGAACAAAAACGAUCUCCAUGCCAUGUUCACUCCUUUCUGUUACCCGUGCUGUAGUACAGUCAGUCACAUCUUAUUCAAACCUACGCUAAAAAGUCUGCUCACUCUUAGUAAAAUGCUGAGUGUGUGUUUUACGGGUGAGAAAUAGCCCAGGACUCUGAAACUGAGGCAGCAAAAUGGAGAUUAGCCAUGAUUUAUUUACUUAUGUACACCUGUGCAUAAUCAUCUUGCUGUUUUUGCAAAAGCUAGACUGUCUUCAUUUUGUUAGCCUUUGGUGGAAACACCGUUAACUUCUCCCUUUAGUUUAGGAACAAACUUUAAAGAAAUAUGAAAUCAGGACAAUAGGGAUGAUAAUUUUGUCUGGUAAUAAAUCAAGCGCACCCCUGUCCUUUACAGCAGUGCAACUUCACUUCUAUUCUACAAAUUCAGAGUCUUUGGUCAACAAGCUCUAACUCUAGAACAUGUGUGAAGUGAAAGGAUCAUCAGUGUUUGCCUGCAAACUUCACAGGAUCUCUGAGGGUUUCUCGUCUGGUCCUGUUUCAGUGAUGGUUAACUGUUUGCUGGUUAUCUGCUCCGCUCUCCCUCUGGCCCAAAGGGAGAAGCACUUUUUGUAAGUUCAACUUUUAGUCAAAAUACACCAACUAGCCUAAAGGUCAAGGAAAUCCCAUGUGAAAAGCCCGUUUUGUUUGAGGUUUAGCAAAUGCACGGUUUUAAAUAAUCAAUAAUCAUGUUAAAUAAUCAGGAUUGCAAGAUUUCUGUCCAAAAUUAUCAUGAUUGUGGCUUUUGCCUAAAUCGAGCAGCCUUAUUUUGAGGUUGUGGACCUGCUGAUGAGCAUGCAGAAGUAGAAAAGGGAGAAGUUGACAGUGUUGAGAAUUAGAUGCAGUGUUUUGGAUCUCCUCAAACAUCCAGAUAUUAAAGGGAAUGCCUAAUGUCUUAUAUCACUCAGUAUAUUGUGACUGUUUUUCCCCUUUAUCAUAGUUUUGUUUUUUAAUCAUAAUUGGAGAAACUACUUCUCUCAAAGAGGAGGUCGUUUCUCUGUGUGUGGGUAAAGUGUUAUGAACGUUUCCGUAUUGCUCAUCGCUGAAAUGGCGAGCUCUUGUACCAAGUGACGUUUUCGUUUAAAGUCAAACUAAUUUUCCACCGACUGCUUGAAUCUGUUUAUUUACGUCCCUGUACCACAGGAGGAGACACGUCCUGUUCCUCUCUCACUGCUGAGUGAAUCAUUAUUUUCCUCCAUUAUUAUGUAAAUAAACCUCACUUGUCCCACAUAACAUGAUAAAGUUUUCUUCCAGAGAUGUGUUCAUCUCACAAUAAAAGCAUAGCCACUGUGAAUAGACCAAAGCAAUGUCCCACGUUCUAUAUUUUGCUCCUACAGAUAUGAUGCCUGUAUAUUACCGUUUGUGUAGAUGUUUGUUUUGGUUCCUCAGUAUAAUUUUAUAAUCCACAAUAUUUGUAUGAAAACAUUAAAUGUAUAUUUUCAUGCUGUACAUUUCUUGAACAAACCCACUCUGGUUUUAAUAAUAAAAAAAAGAGACAAAAGUUUAA